AUGAAACUGUCGGCUGAUUUAUUCGACACAAAACGCUUAUUUAUCGCAGGAACCCGCAUCCUUCUGCUCUGUGUGGAUUUUAACGGCGAACCUGCAGCGCCGGGAGCUUUACUCUGGGGACCAAACAGCCGGCUGCCUCCCUCGGCGGCCGUGAUGGAUGGUGUAGAGGAGGAACGGGACAUGUUUCCCAGGAGGCCGAGCGUCUCACUGCAGGUUAAACAGCACUCAAUACAGAGACGCUCCGCCGACGUUUCCUCCGAGUUUGAAGCAGAGGCAGGAAACGGUCUUUACGAAAUCACCGACACAACGUAG